AUGAAAAUUCAAGAAGCACAGCCUACAAGGAUAGCAUUGGAGAUGGCUGAUAAAUCUCUGAGACAGGCACAUGGGCUAGUGGAAAAUGUCUUGGUCAAGGUUAGAGAGCUAUUCCUCCCUACAGAUUUUGUCAUACUUGAUAUGGGAGAGGAUGCAAAUGACUCCAUCAUACUAGGAAGACCAUUCCUAGCCACUAGAAGAGCCUUAAUAGAUAUUGAGAUAGGAGAGUUAGUUCUGAGGCUACGUGAGGACUACUUGGUGUUCAAGGUUUUCAGACCUUCACCAAUCUCUGGAACAGGAAGUACUUGCAUGCAGAGUUCUUUGCUUAAGCCUUCCCCUUUGGUGGAAACCCAUACAGUUUCCCCUGACAUCAACCCUAAGUUCGGUGUUAGACAUUCCUCACCUACCAAGGAGGCAGGAGGUCCCAAGAAAAAGGUACCAAAGGACUAG